CACCCCGUGUCAUUUCGCCGCGGGAGGCAAGCGCUCCGCAAGCAGCAGCCUCCUUCCUGAUCUGGAGGUGGGAAUCUCCGCCGCGCUCCCCCUGCGAAGGAAACGCGGGGCGCCUACUAGGACGGGUGCGUGUGAUACCCGGCGCUUGGUCGCCGGUCCAAGUGCCUGCUGAACUGCUCCUGGGAUGAGAUCAUAUUUUUCUAGAAAAACCAGAGGAGGAAAAAUAUGCAUAAUCUCUGAAAAGUGAGCUAUACCUCUUCUGAAGUUGCUCAAAAAGUAGGGCCAUGAAUCUGAAAUUAAUAUAUGUAUCUGUAGUGGCGUUUGGAGUAGCAGGUCUAAUUGUCUUCACAUAUCUGCAAACCUACAUUGAAGAUCAACAUACAGACUCUGAAGAAAAAAUACAACUGCAGAUAAUUAAUCAGGAAUUUGGAAGCUAUUCUAAUGAGAAAUCUGAAAAACCAAGAGAAGAUUGGAUUGCAGGAAAGUAUUUUCACAAAGCCAUUAAACCUUUGAUUGAGAGUGAAGGUUAUGAGGAGCCCAAUCUUUUGAGGGGAACAGAAGAUUUGUUGACUACUAUUUUUUCUGGAGACCCACAGAAAGUUCUUAAACAGCUCAAAGAAAUGAAUUUUUCCUCCAACAAGCAUUAUUUAAAUAAAUUCUUUAAUAGAAACAAUAACUGGAAAGCCACCAAUGCAAUACAAGAGAGGCGGAAAAAAUUUCUUCAUGAUAUUUGCCAAAAACAUGUUAACAGAACCCAAAUUCCGCUUGUGCACAUGGUCUCUAGAAUAUACGUGGAAGAUAAAUACAAACUCUUGUAUUGUGAGGUUCCUAAAGCGGGCUGUUCCAACUGGAAAAGGAUUCUGAUGAUACUUGGUGGUCUCGCAAAAUCUGCUGUUAAUAUUUCCCAUAAUAGCGUACACUAUGGAGAUCAUCUGAAGAAACUAGAUAGUUAUAAUAUAAAAGAGAUACUUAAGCGUUUAAAAACAUAUACCAAAAUUAUAUUUGUCCGUGAUCCAAUGGAAAGAUUGGUGUCUGCUUUUCGGGAUAAGUUUGAACAUCCAAACAUUUAUUACCAUCCUGUAUUUGGGAAGGCAAUUAUUAAGAAAUACAGACCUAAUGCAGAUAAAGAGACAUUGAAAACAGGAUCAGGAGUGAAAUUUAAAGAAUUUAUACAAUAUCUAUUAGAUCCCUCUCGGCCAUUAGGUAUGGAUACGCAUUGGGAGCAAAUCAACAAACUUUGUUAUCCUUGUGAUAUCGGUUAUAAUUUCAUUGGCAAAUUUGAAACUCUGGAAAAAGACGCCAAUUAUUUUUUGAAACUAAUAAAUGCUCCAGAUGGGCUCCUAUUCCCUCAUUUCAAAGACAGACACUCCACAGACAAAAGAACCAAUUCAGAAGUUGUAAGGAAAUACUUGGCAGAAAUUUCUGCUACAGAGAGGCUGCAGGUUUAUGGCUUUUAUUACCUGGAUUAUUUAAUGUUUAACUAUAGUGUACCAUAUGAGGCAUUCCAAUCUGAUGUAAUGCAUAAUCGGCCUUACCUAUAACUUACGAGAAAAAGUAUAUUUUUUUAAAUGGAGAAGCUUUUGAUUUGUUAAAAUUUUCAUAAAUGUAAGUGCCUAAAAUUUAGGAAAUAACAUAUUGCAC